AUGAACUGUAAAUCUUCGAACAAUCUCAUAAGUGGUUAUUUAACUAGUAGUGAGAUAAAACUAGCUAGAAACUUUUUGGUUAAAAUAGUCCAAAAACAAGAAUUUUCAAACGAAUAUCAACAGCUGAAAAAUAACAAAGCAGUUUCCUCGAGUAGUAAGAUCCUCUCAUUGAAUCUGUUUUUGGAUGAAGAGAGCCUUAUCCGUGCUGGCGGUAGGUUAGAAAAUACGCAAUUAUCAAAUGAAAGAAAACAUCCUAUUCUCCUACCGAAAAAUCAUCACUUAACUAAUCUAAUUAUAAUUCACUAUCAUGACUCUUUCUUGCAUGCUGGAACACUUUUACUAUUAUCAGUUAUUCGCAAGGAAUUUUGGAUAGUAACUGCUAGAUCAUUUAUAAAAAGGCAAAUCUGGAAAUGCAUAAAAUGCUUUCGAUUAAAAGAAAAAACCGCGUCACAGAAAAUGGCUCAAUUACCACCUUCAAGAGUAACGCCUUCCAGAGUUUUUUCCAAGACUGGUCUGGAUUAUGCAGGUCCAUUUUUUGUGAACCCGCGAUCUGGACGUGGAGUCAUAUCAGUUAAAAUGUACGUUUGUAUUUUUGUGUGUUUCGCGACAAAAGUGGUGUACAUCGAAGUUGUUGAAAAUUUAUCCGCUGAAUCAUUUAUUGUAGCUCUAAAAAGAUUUGUUGCGCGAAGAGGAAAACCAAAUGAAUUUUUUUCAGACUGUGGUUCAAAUUUUUUUGCUGCAAAUAAGGAAAUUAAUCGAGUGGUUAAAUCUUUUCGAAAAGAAGAAUCCAUCCAUCAGUAUUUUGCCGAGGAACAAAUUAAAUGGCACUUCAACCCACCUUCAGCACCUCACUUUGGAGAAAUUUGGGAAGCUGCUGUGAAAUCCGCAAAAUCGCAUUUGAAAAGAACAAUAGGUGAUCAUAAAUUGACCCUUGAAGAGUUUUUAACUCCUAUUGCCCAAAUCGAAUCCUGCUUGAACUCUCGUCCUUUGUGCCCUGUGUCGGACGAUCCCGCUGAACAAUCAGCACUUACCCCAGGACAUUUCCUUGUGGGAGCCUCUCUUUCUUCAAUACCAGAAGAGACAUAUCUCCUUUAA